AUGAGAUCUCAAAUCAUUCGCACAGCCACUCCUCUUAGGCAUCGCAUCCUAGCCCAACCUACCCUUCCCUUCCGCUUAUAUACGACCUCAUCUCGACAAACCCCCCGCUUGACACCUGGCGCAAAGGCUCUCAGAGCUGCACCGACAAUCCCCUUCUUAGGCGCUCUAUUCAGCUCGAAAGCCAACAGUGAAGAAUCAUCUGAAAACAUGUCAUACCCCGAUCAGCGAAGCGAGGAUCAAUGGAGAGCUGUCUUGAGCCCUGAGCAGUUCCGUGUACUCCGUGAGAAGGGCACCGAGCGCCCUGGCACUGGAGAAUAUGAUUCCCAUUAUCCGUCUAAGGGCGUAUAUACCUGUGCUGGCUGCGACGCCCCGCUCUACACGGCCGACCACAAGUUCAAGUCCGGCUGUGGCUGGCCGGCCUAUUUCGACUCCAUCCCCGGAGCUGUGAAGCGACAUGUGGACAACACACUCGGCAUGAAGAGAACUGAGAUUGUCUGCAACAACUGCGGUGGCCAUCUUGGCCAUGUCUUUGAGGGCGAAGGGUUCCCAACCCCCACUGAUGAGAGACACUGCGUGAAUAGCGUUAGUCUGCGGUUUACUGAGGAUAUAGGUGCAGCAGCAAAGGGGUCAAAUGAGACGGCCAAGGCGUGA